CCCCAGAGAGCGUUAAGCUACAGACAACUUUCUCUACACAGCUCCUGCCAUUGUUUCACUUUGAAGGAGCACUCAAAAAAAAAAAAAAAAACCCUUUUGGCUCUCUUAUUCUUCUAUCAAGAACCGCCAUUGAAGAUGCCUAGACCAGGUCCAAGACCUUAUGUUUGUGAGAGAAGAGCUUGGCAUAGUGAUAGGCACCAACCCAUGCGUGGUUCCCUCAUUCAAGAAAUUUUCAGAGUUGUAAAAGAGAUUCAUAGCUCUGCAACUAAGAAGAACAAGGAAUGGCAAGAGAAGCUCCCUGUUGUUGUUUUAAAAGCUGAAGAAAUAAUGUAUUCCAAAGCUAAUUCCGAGGUUGAGUACAUGGACCUUAAGACUCUGCGGGAUCGAGCAAGUGAUGCCAUUAACACAAUCAUUAGGCGUGAUGAGAGUACUGAAACUGGAGAGCUUCUUCAACCUUGUAUUGAAGCUGCUCUGCAUUUGGGCUGCACACCGAGAAGAACCUCGAGGAGCCAACGAAAUAGUAACCUGAGGUGUUACCUUGAGCCGGAAACUCGGGAAGUCGACAACGUUGCUCGAGGAAAUGUCACAGUGAACUCACAUUGCAUGGCUGGUUAUUCCGGCUUCAUGAAACCGACAACAAUGAAUGUGACUCUUUUUAACGGCGCCCAUAACAAGUUCCUUUUUUCAUCUGAGAAUGGUUCCCUUCCUAGAAACAACCCAUGCUUACCUAUAGAGAAGUAUCCUCCUAAUUUAUAUUCGGUUUUUCCUCUAUUUUACGGAAACCACCGUAGAUUUGAGGAGCCGCAGCAUGCUCUCGGAGUCUUCCCGAAGCUAAUUUCUAAUACAGUAGCACCUGCUAAGACUGGUUACAUUCAAAACCAACUGUUUUCUGAUGCGGACUCUUUGAAUAAGAUGAACCAAACAGAUUUAGCAAAUGCUUCCAAUAACCCACAUGAAUUUGCCUGUGAUCUAUCGUUGCGAUUGGGCCCUCUUUCAACACCUUGCUUUAGUGUUCGAAAUGGUCAACCUCUGGAAAUAAGAAAAAACGGUUCCACCUUUCCGGAGACAAACAAGUUCAGUAACAAAAGUUUCUCUUCCUUUCUUAGGAGCAAAGGAGAUGAUCCCUUGAACUCAUCUUCAAACAAACGGAGCACUGAAGGUGAACGCUCGAAUGAAGAUGCAUCAACGAGAAAGCGAAAGACGAUAUAUGGUCCGGCAGCUGAUCAACAAUUUCAUUUGCCAUCGAUGCUUCCAUACAGUCCUACACUUGAAGACCCUUAACGUGGUCUAGUGUGUUGAAAUGUUUGCAAGAAUGUAAGGUGUAAAUAUUUGAGUGAAGUUUCAAUUAGAUGAGCUAAUCCUUUUGACCUGCAUGCUGGCUGUUGGUGAAAGUUGGACCUUGGUGCCUGGAAGACCUCUAAUGAUUCAACCAACUGAGUCAUCCCAUGUCGGCCGACACUCGAAAACUGCAAAGUGGAAAAGCAUAGGCUAUUUGGAACUGUUAUUUAGAUAACUUAGCCAUAGGCUAAUUGUUUCCUUAGUUGUAGUUGUGAGUUGUGACACUUAGACUUUUAACUUUAUGUUAAUAUAUUAUCCGU